AUGCAUGUAGGAAAGUCCUUGGAGGACCUAGGCGCUAGCAUAAAUGUCAUGCCUUAUAAUUUGUUUAAGAAGCUAGGCCUAGGUGAACCUAGAACUACUAGGAUGAGCAUUCAGUUAGCUGAUCGUUCUAUCGUGCAUCCUAGGGGUAUCAUUGAGGACUUGCUUGUUAAUGUGGGUGCAUUCACAUAUCCUGUUGACUUUGUUAUUUUGGAUAUAAAUGAGGAUGUGGAUGUACCUUUGAUUUUAGGUAGACCGUUUCUCGCCACCGCCAAGGCGCUUAUUGAUGUGCAUAGUGGUAAAUUGAUUCUGCGUGCUGGUGAUGAAAAGUCUACCUUUUCUGUGUCUGUGAAUGGGAAACACUCUCAUUUGCAUGAUGACAUAGAUUACUGUGAUAUGCUUGCUGAUUUUGAGACCGCACUCGCUAUAACGAGUGCGGGUACUGACGAUGUUCUUGAGCGUUGUAUUUUGCUAGGUGAGCAGGCAUCGCAGGAGCCGCAGCUGGCGGGGCAGUUGGCCGAGUUGGAGAGUGGCCCCUUCUUGGAGGGCGACAGGCUAUUCAAACCGAUCUCAUCCUCCACCUGCAUUGCUACUUCCUUGGAGGAACCACCAGAGCUGGAGCUUAAGCCCCUCCCUCCUCAUUUGGAGUAUGCAUUUCUCCGGGAGGGGAAUAAGUUGCCAGUCAUCAUCAGCUCGACCCUCACACCCGAGCAGAAGACCAGACUGGCGACCUUGAUGAAGCGGUACGAGCGAGCUCUCGCAUGGAAGAUCACAGACAUCCGGGGGAUCAGCCCUUCUUUCUGCUCCCACCGGAUACUGAUGGAGGAUGAGAUGCGGCCGGUGAGACAGCCACAGAGAAGACUGACACCGAACCUGGAGGCUGUGGUUCGGGCAGAGAUCGUGAAGCUGCUGGACGCGGGGAUCAUCUUCGCCAUUUCUGACAGCGAGUGGGUCAGUCCCACCCAGGUGGUACCCAAAAAGGGUGGGAUGACUGUGGUGCCUAACGAGAAGAAUGAGCUGAUUCCGAUGCGCGCGGUGACUGGGUACCGUGUCUGCAUUGAUUACCGGCGUCUCAACGACGCCACUCGGAAGGACCACUUCCCGCUACCAUUCAUUGAUCAGAUGCUGGAGAGACUGGCGGGGCACGAGUUCUACUGUUUCCUGGAUGGGAUGUCCAGGUACUUCCAGAUCCCUAUUGCACCGGAGGACCAGGCGAAGACCACUUUCACCUGCCCCUUCGGCACUUUUGCCUACCGGAGGAUCCCAUUCGGGCUAUGCAAUGCCCCCGCCACUUUUCAAUGA